AUGUAUUAUUUUAAAGGCAAGACUCGUUCUCCUCUUCCAAAGUUGGCUGAUCGCUCAUAGUCAAGACUUGAUAAAUUGAAGACAUUUUUCUUACCUGAGAGAAGUGUGUCAACUAGAACAUAUUCAAGAAAGACCGAGAACCGCACAGAACAAAAUUAGAUGCUUACUGAGUAUUAAGGAGAUUUAGUUGAAAUGAUUAUUCCAAAAAAAGCAACUAAGCGUAUGUGUAAUCUAAAGAAGGUGAUGCCAUAGAUUUUUUAAAAACCGAAAAUAGUUAUUAGAGAAGAAGAAUCUAUGAAUAUAGAAAGUGAUUCAGCACCUAAAUCUCCUGAUUCAUAAGAGGAAGUUCAUCUUGAUAUGUCUGCUAUAAAAUAAGCAAUGUUAUCAAUUAAUAAUAAGUUGAACGCAGAUGAAUCAUUCUUUGGUUUUAUUAAAAAGAAAGAUAAAUUAAGAGACAUUGCAGAGAAUUUUGGAGAAUUAGAACAGAAUAUUUCAAAUCCAGGUCAUUUUUAUUGUAAGAAUGAUAGUUUAUUUCCAAAAAGAAUAGAUGAUGCAAGUCAUUUGAAAGAGGAUAAAUUGAUAAAUUUGUCAAAUUUAGGAGUAGGAGAGAAAUAUUACCCUCUUAUUAAAAUACUACUGUAAAAACAAUAGAAUAUAAAAUAACUUACAUUUUAGGGAAAUAGGAUAAAUGAUAAAUUAUUUUUGAGUCUAGUUUAACAUUUUCCACCAAUCAUGAAGGACUUGAAUUUAAAAGACAAUUCACUUGGAAUUAAAGGAGCUCAUAUAUUAGCUGAACACCUAACUCGAUUUCAAAAGUAAUGGAAUUUGUUAUAAAAAGUCUUAAAAUUCUUAAUAUUGCCAACAAUUUGAUAGGUGAUCAUGGGGCUAAUUUCUUUCUUAAAAAUCUACAUAAGAAUGUCCUUCUUAGUAAAUUAAUUAUUUCAGAAAAUAAUUUAUCUGAUGGUAUUGGAUAAAGUUUAUAUGACUUAUUAAUAAAGUCAUCAGGCUUAGAAGUCUUAGUAAUAAAUUGGAAUUAACUGGGUUCAUCUUCUGGAAUAUUUAUAGCCAAAGCUUUGUUAAUUAAUAGAGUAUUGAAAGUAUUAGAUUUAAGUUACAAUCGAAUAGGAUCAAAUGAAAAAUCAAAUUGUAUUUAAUCUUGGUGUUAAGCAAUAUUAAAUCCAUAAUUCAGUUUAGUACAUUUAGAUUUAUCCUAUAAUUAAAUUUCAGAAAAAUAAAUACGUUAACUUAACGAAGCUUUAUUAAAAAAUAAUACUAUAUAUGGAAUUCAUUUAGAAGGCAAUAAAUUUGAAGGUUUUAUAGAUCCUUAUGGAUUUAUUUAAUUUUAACAAAUAAAUGAAGAAUUCAGUUAAAUCAAAUAUCAAAUAGAUGGAGUUAAUUAUAUUCCUGAAUUAACUAGAAUAACUACUUAAAAUGCUUGUUGGAUAUGUUAAGGAUGGGUUGAACAUCAUUUUUAAUACAUUCCAGAUUUUGAAUAAUAAGACACUCCAAUAUUCCUUCAUUUAGAUUUCUUAAAGUAAAUUUAAUUUCUCAUUUUAGUUAUAAACCAAUUCCUAUGACUUCAAGUCUUGAACUUAAAGCAUAAUUAAUAGAGUAAUAGAAAGAUUUGCUAUCAAAAAAGGAUAUUUAAUAAUAAAAAUCAAAUUAGAAUGGUGAAUUAAAUGUUCCUAAAGUGAAUGCCAGAAAAAGCAGCGUUUUAACUAAAGAAGUACUUGAUGAAUUGGAAAAAUUUUGUUAUUCAACAUAUUAAAUGUGUCCACCUAAAUAAAAAAUUCUAUAUUUUUUUUCUAAUCCUUUGAGUGAGAAAUAUUUUAUUGAACCUACUUAAGACAAUAUGCCAACACCUUAAGAUAAUAUGAUUUUAUAAGGUAAAGAUCCUAAACAUUAAUAUCAUUAUUUUUCUGAUGGAACUGUUUUAAAAUUCAAGAAAAUUCUUUUUGUUAAUUAUUUGUAUACAAAAUAAGAAUUUAUUAUUGAUGAUAAAAAUAAUUAUAAACCGCUUAUAAGAUUGUUUCCACGAUCUUCAGAAAAGAAAUAUGUCUUAAAACGAGUAGGCAAUAAUUUAUAGAGAAAUUAAAUAAAUUUUCACUAAUGGAAUAUCGAAGAAUCUUUGUUUCGUUAACAAUUUUAAUAAGAUAGUGAAGAAAUUUUAACUGAAUGUUUUUAAUUUGAUUGGAGUUGUAGUAAGAUUAAUAGAUUUGUUAAAAAUGAUUAUGAAUAAAUGAAGUUAAAAGAAUAUUUAAGGGAAAAUUAUCAAUUAAUUAAAGAUAUAUAUAAAUUUUAUUCUAGUUCUGGAUAUUUUACUUCAGAAUGCUUUUCAAUUUCAUUUUCAUCUUAUAUAAAAAUGCUAUAAUAAAUUGGAAUAAUUGAUAAUGAGACUGUAAAAGUAUAAGAUGUAGAAAUUGAUUUAGUUUCUAUUAAGAAUAAUAUUGAUCCAAAAUUUAUAUAUAAUCCUGAUAAAGCUCUUGUUAGAUUUCAAUUUUUAGAAAUGUUUUUUCGAUUAGCAAAUGAUAAAUAUGUUAGAACUAAUAUUGUAAAAAAUCAUGCUGAUGCUGUUUAUCGAUUGAUUAAAGAGUUCAAAGAAUAUUUCAAAAACUUUGAUACUUGUUAAAAAUGGAGAAAUGAUAGAUACUGGAAUAAAGAAUGUGAAUAUUUAAUAAAAUUCAAAUCUCCCUUUUUAAAAAAGCUUUAUGAUUAUGUUACUGACUUAAACAAUAGAAAAUGGUAUUUUAAAAUGAAAUGGGUGGCAAUUAAAGAAUUCAAAGACUUUUGUAAAUAAAUGGGAUUAAUGGAUUAUGUUAGUGAAAAAAUAAUUUUAAUUAUUUUCAAUUUUUCAAUGAUGUCUUAAGCAGAUGAAUUAACAUAAGAUCGUCAUAUUAGAAUGACUUAAAUAGAGUUUUAUGAAGCAUUAGCUAGAUUAGCAGAGUAUAUAAGUCCAGGGGCUAUUGGUGAGACAACAGAAGCUUCUGUAUCUUUUAGAUAUAGUUUACCUUUACAUGUUAAAUUAGAGACACUUUUAACACACAUUUAUUUUAAUGUAGUCAAAAGGUAAAUUAAGACGUAUUUUUUAGAUCUCCUUAAUUUACAGUGUUUUAUGAUCUUUUUACAAAUAUUUAAAAAUAGGAUUGGUUACCAAAAUAAAAAGUAAGUAAAAAAAAUGAUUAAGAUGAAGAUCCAUAGUAUGUGAAUUAUUAAGACACUUUAACAGUUUAUAAUGCAGCAUUAUAUUGUGGUAUGAAUAAUAAUUGAUAAUUAAUAGCUAUGCAUAAAUAACCUUAUUUGAAUCCUAAUUAUUAAAGCUUUUUGAGAAAGGGUUUUUUAAUUAUUGAUUAAUCCCCAAGAAGAAGUACACUUUUAAGUCCAAGGAAUAUUCUUCAAAAUUAAAAAUAGAUAAAGAAAUCAGGGUUUGCUAUGGAUGAACUCAAGAUCUCACCUCCUCUUUCUCCAAGAGCUCGUUCACCUAGUUUACGUAAGCAGGGCAAAUGAGAC